UGAGACCUUAACUGGAAAAACAGACCAAAACUAAACAAAACAAAAACCAAAUUACUCAUUUUUGUAGAUAACUUUUAGAGGGCCGUGGCCCCACAUUUAUUGAGGAAUUUAUUGGGACACAUAGCCAAGGCAGACCUAGGUCAUGUUACAUAUAAAUAGCUUGUGCUCUAUAGAGUUUUGACUCAUCUCAGGCAUCUCCUAUCUUGGGGAUUUCUCUGAACUCUCAAGGCCACUCUGUGUCACCCCUGUGUGCUGCACUAGCAGUCCCUGCCCAGGAAACUCGUGGGGCAUUGGAGCUUAUCUUUGAGUUCUACUGUGAGCCUGUCCCAUGCAGUGAUACAAGAAGUCUGAAGUUCAGGAAUGAGGAGGUGCAGUGUGAUUUGUAAAGCAUAAUCAGAUGUGUGGAGAGUAAAGGAAUGGGAUUUGACAGGUUCCACAGAGAUGUGUGAGACAAACGUGUGGAUCAUGAAAGAAGAGAUAGAGAAAAACCAGAGCAGUGAGAGGACCAGUUAGGAGAGGGGGGUGUUCUAGAGAAGAGUUCCAAAUCGGAGUGGUGAAACAUUGUGAGUGCUUAUUCGGCAAUCUGAGCUUCAUUACUGUCUUAAUAGAAGGAACUAAAUAAAGUCAGAUUCCAGAGCCUUUAGGAGAAAAUGAAAAGAUGAGAAGAUACGGUUUGUGUUGAUUGUGCUAACAGACCGGCGUGAAGUAGAUAAUACAUUCACUUGUGCACUUUGAAGAAAGCCUCAUGUUUGUUACGUUCUCCGCUUCCAGUUUGAGCUUCUAUUUUGGUUUUGGGAAUUGAGUUCACAGUUAAGGAAGUAGGACCAUGAUCUACUGAGAUCAUCUAUGAGUAAAGAAAACAGAUUAUGAGCAGAAGAUCUCAAGUCCACAUUUUUUGGGGUGCUCCAGUUGGUCCCCUGAAAAUGACAGUAUCACAGGGAACAGCUUCUUUAAUGUCCACAGCUAACCACUGGGGUAAAAUCCAGCUAUUGUACCAUCAACAUGCUUUACAUGUGAAGGAAGAAAGCUGCAAGCCUAAAAACCUGAAAGAUUGUCAGGUCCCAGAAGCUGUGGGUGCUCCAGGUCUUGUGAGCUCUGUUCAGAGCAAAAGUGGCUUUCCACAUUCUGUUUAUGAAACACAGGAUGGAAAACUCCAGAAGAAUCCCUCAGGCCCGAGUGCCAUGCCCACCUCUAGUGUACAAAUCAGAGGAUGCAAGGGCACAGCCCAGCAUUUAUUUAAAGAAGAAAAACAUCAAAAACUUCCAUGUGAAAAUAAAAUCACAAGUGAGCAGCCUGAAAAUCAGUUAAAUACAUGUGGUCAGAACUUUCAAACAGAUGCCUUUCAUUUAGGCCCCAAAUGUGUAACUAUGUUGAAUUUGGUCUCUAGUAUUGGACACAGAAGUAUAGGCUCUGAAGCUGUAGAGACAAAAUGUGUGGGUACAGAACACCAGGAAAUACAGAGCCAGCAUCAGGAGUUCUCCUCUAAUGCAGUGGAGGAGGCAGGGCCUGUGGGAGAAGUGAGGAAGGGCCCCAGCCCUAACAUCUCUGCAGACACUGAAUUUCUCAGCAUCAUGACCUGCAGCCAGGUUGCUUUCUUAGCUCAAAGGAAGGAGCAAGGGCAGAAGUCUACAAAUACAGGGACUGUAAACAUGCAGUCUGAACCAAAGGCAGAUCCUGGGGAAGUAAGAAUGCCCGAAGAUAAUUUGAUUCAGCCUCAUGAAGAUUUUGCAGAACAAUAUGAAAAUGGGCAAAACCAAGCACAUUCCCUAGAACUUUUUAGUUCUGUCCACCCUGAAACAGAAAGUAGUCACAUUCAUGUUAACACCGGGCAAGAACUAGAAGGAAAUGCAGGAUCUCAAGAGUUGUUCAGCUGUGAAGAUGAGCUGCCACCUAGUGAGAUACAUAUUGAGUUGUGUGGUGCAGGAAUACUGUGCUCCCAACUAAAAGCUGUCUCCCAAACUCCUGUUAGAAGUAGUCAGACCUCCAAAGAUAACUUGGGCCAUUCUAAAGCUCUGUCUGAAGUGCCCCCAGCCUCUAAGAAAAUGAAGUUGUGUUCUAAUGCAAGAGAUUCUGCCAGAGCAAGGUACCAGAGGGAUGUUUCUGAAUUUAAGGGUAUUAAAAAACUAUCAUUAAUAAAAAAUUGUGAUUCUAAAAGCCACAGGUAUAAUUGUUUAGUUAUGGUGCUAACUCCAUGUCAUGUGAAAGAAGUAAACAUAAAAUCUGGACCAAAUUCUGGCUCUAAGGUGCCUUUAGCAACAAUUACAGUCGUCGAUCAAUCAGAAAUGAAGAAAGUAGUUCUGUGGAGGACUGCAGCAUUCUGGGCACUCACCGUGUUUCUUGGAGAUAUAAUCUUACUCACAGAUGUUACUGUUCAUGAGGAUCAGUGGGUUGGUGAGACAGUACUUCAGUCGACAUUUACCAGUCAGUUAUUAAAUCUUGGGAGUUAUUCUUCUGUCCAGCCUGAAGAAUAUUCCUGUAUAGUUAGCACUGUUGUACUUCAGGACCUACUGGCAUAUGUAUCUUCGGAACAUUCCUACCUCAAAGGUCUUCCACAGAGGUGGCCUCAGAGAGUGAGCAGGAUAAAGUUUGUAGAACUGGAGCAGCUGGAGCCUGAUACAUUAGUCCAUGCCAUGCUGAGAGUUGUGGAUGUCACUGUACUGACGGAGGCAUUGUACAGUUACAGAGGACAGAAGCAAAGGAAAGUUAUGUUAACAGUGGAACAGGCCCAAGGUCAACAUUACGUGCUUGUGCUAUGGGGUCCUGGAGCAGCCUGGUACCCUCAGCUUCAAAGGAAAAAAGGUUAUAUUUGGGAAUUUAAAUAUCUUUUUGUUCAGCGCAAUUGCAUACUGGAGAGCUUGGAAUUGCAUACAACACCCUGGUCAUCCUCCGAGUGCCUGUUUGAUGAUGAUGUAAGGGCAAUUGCAUUUAAAUCAAAAUUUCAAGAAAGUACACCCUCCUUUGUCAAAAUGUCAGAUUUAGCAACUCACCUAAAGGAUAAAUAUUCAGAUCCAAAUCAGCUCAUUCUGUUCGGCACCCUUGGUGCUGCUCAUACUGCUUUUGUUUUGAAGUGGCCUAACCCAUGGACCUUCUCCUCCUCUGAUUUACUCCCAGCUGUGUUCCACACCCCAGGCCACCACUGCCUCCUUGCAGCCCAUAUCCAAACCAGGAGCGGAAUCCCUGGGCUGUAUGGCUUGACUGUUUCAGGAACUGCCAGACUGUUUUCCAAAGCUGUUGAUCAGUUUUACAUCCUCACCAGCAGGCCAGCUUUAAUGACCAUAGUUGAUGGAAGCCAUUCUGUUUGCAUCCGUGUAGGCUCCAAGCUGGUAGAGAAGAUUCUCCUCCACAUUUCUCCAGACUACUUGCACAAAGUGAUAGUGCCAUCCUUGGAGGUCACCUAUGCGAUGGUAGCCGCAGACCUGCUCCACUCCCUGCUGGCAGCCAGCUCGGAGCCCCAAGUGCUGAAGAUUGAGAGCCUUUUCGUGUUGGAUGAGAACAGCUACCCACUGCAGCAGGAUUUCUCCCUCCUGGACUUCUGCCCUGCCGGGUCCUGCCCUGAGGCCUUGUCCCAGAGAGGAGGUGCUGACUGAGGCCACUUGCAUUUUGAAAUAAAUGAAUGAGGGGAGUUUGUUUACUAAAUAAAUGUAUUUUAUAAAGAGAACUGUGCUAAAUAUAAAUUAAAACUU